AGAUGACCGCACUCACUAAGGGACAGGUACUCACAGCUGAGCAGAGGCAAUGGAGAUUGCAACUUGCAAGAAGGGUUCUGCUGGGUAUCGAGGGUGGCAGCGAUUCCUCUGAAAGACCCAGAAGUGGAAAGGCCAGAGGUUUUGGUAGUACAGGGAUGUAGGAGGCCGUGAGGUCCACAAGCAGGCUCUUCUGUGCCCUGGGAGAGUCCACAGGGCCUGUUCACGUUUUAGGUUAGGAAGUCAGACAGGCAGCCAAGACCUGGGCCUGUGCUCUCUGUGUUUACCACCGGAGGCCCAGAUGAGAGAAACGCUGGCAGCCGCCAUCUUGGGAGGCCCUUGAAGCUAGCUUUUCACAGAGCGGGGCCUUCCUGAGGCAGGCAUUGGAGAUCCCGCACGGUGGGAGACCAGGCCACAAAAAAAUACCCGCUCUGGUGACAACUGGGCUGGAGGAACAGUCAGAAUGACCUUCCGAAAUCGGCACACAGGGCCUCCAAGGACCUGCGAGAACCUCCGCUUUCUUGAUUCGCACCAGCCUUCCCCCACCAGCCUCGACUCCCACAGGGUCGUUUGUUAGGAACAGUAGGCCCUGCUGGGUUCCAAGAAUGACUUCAUCUGGAGUUCCCCUUUGAGAGAGUGUGGAGUCCUAUGCAGCACAACCUUUCGUCACGAACCGCAUGUACAACAAAGGUUCACUUAGAUGGUAUCUCCUGCUGAUGUGGCAGCCAGCUCCCUUUGUGUCCCUGUGCCUUGAUGGAUUAUACCCUCAAGCCCAAUGCAACACUGAUGACCGAUUACUACUAUCCUGACCUCUUCCCAAGCCCCUGCAAUGGGGGACUCGGCGUUAGGGACAGCAAGUUGCUCCUUGUCGUUAUUUAUUGCUUCCUGUUCAUCUUUGGCCUUUUGGGAAACAGCCUGGUCAUCUUGAUCCUCGUGGUCUGCAAGAAGCUGAGGAGCAUCACAGACAUAUACCUGUUGAACCUGGCCUUGUCUGACCUGCUUUUUGUCUUCUCUUUGCCGUUUCAAGCCUACUACCAGAUGGACCAGUGGGUGUUUGGGACUGUGAUGUGCAGAGUUGUCUCUGGCCUUUACUAUAUUGGCUUCUUCAGCAGCAUGUUCUUCAUUGCCCUCAUGAGCCUGGACAGGUACCUAGCUAUUGUACACGCUGUGUAUGCCAUGAAAGUGAGGAUGGCCAGGGUGGGCAUAGGCCUGAGCCUGGCAGCAUGGCUGGCCAGUCUUGUGGCCACCAGCCCAAUGUUAGUCUUUUACCAAGUGUCCUCUGAAGAUGGCAUUCUAAAGUGUUACUCGUUUUACAAUCAGCAGGCUCUGGAGUGGAAGAUAUUCAUUCACUUUGAAAUCAACAUUGUAGGCCUGCUGAUCCCAUUCACCAUCUUUCUGUUCUGCUACAUCAGCGUCCUGCGCCAGCUGAGGAGUUGCCAGAACCACAGGAAGACCAGAGCCAUCGUGUUGGUGCUCACUGUGGUAGUAGCAUCUUUGGUCUUCUGGAUCCCAUUCAACUUGGUCCUGUUCCUCAGAUCCCUGCACAGUCUGCACAUCUUGGAUGGGUGCAGCGUGAGCCAGUGGCUGACCUAUGCCACCCAUGUCACAGAGACCAUUUCCUUCACCCACUGCUGCAUGAACCCUGUUAUCUACGCUUUUGUGGGUGAGAAGUUCAAGAAACACCUCUCAGAGGUAUUUCUGAAGUGUUAUAGCCACUUCUUCCUCUACAGAAGGAGACAGAUUCCCAAGGAGGGCUGGGAGAAGUCCUCCUCCUCCCACCGGCGCUCGUCCCACUCCUGCAGCGUAGACUACAUCUUGUGAGGAAGGGUUUUCUCCCUGCUUCUUGAAGGACAAACGUGACUCGGUUGGACUCCGUGGCUACAAGAAGGGCGACUCUUAGGACUUUGGUU